UUUAGUGACAGUGGUCGUUGAAGUAAGUGGUGGUGGCGAACAGUCGUGAAACAGAAGUGUUGUGGAGUGGAUUGCAAGUGAACCGAAAAUGAACCUGUUGUGGUGCUGUGUUGUAGCAGCGUUCCUAGCAACAAUCAACGCUGCAAUCGAUGUUGAGAAGACAGUUAAACAAGUACAAAGUAUACUAACAUCGAAUGAUCUAUUACCAAGAUUGAGUAGAGACGAAAUAUUACAACUAUUAAAUGAUAUACGCGAAGAAGAUGCAAAGACAACAACGCUAAAAGCACGGCUAUCAUCGAGAGAACUAAAAACAACAACGCCUUAUAGAAUUGAAGAUGAAAAUGAAAUUAACCCAGUAACCCAGUCACCAGAAAAAUUCAAAGAAAAAAAAGUACAGUUUUCAUCGAUGACUGGAGCAAAAAUAGAGAGCACUACAAAAUCUAGCGCCCAAACUUUAACUGUCGUGUUUCCGUAUACGCCACGAGACGGGUCGUCCUUACAAGAGCUGUACACUCGGCCUCCACGAAUUGAAGUCGUCCAAGAAAACCUGACACCUAAACCUUUAAGAAAACAAAAAUCGGCAAACAGUCUUAAAGAAACAUUAACAAACAAUGCAAAAGUAGCAACUGAGCCUAAAUCAGACUUUCCAGCUGAAUUACAAGCAUUUUUAGACGCACAUGGCUUAAAAGGAAACCCAGAGAAAGAUCACUUUUUAUUACCGCUGGAUGGUUUUAAACCCCUACCCCCAGCAAAAAUUGUAGAUGGUAAUAUAGAGCUGCCAGAAAAUAUUCUACUUACUUACGAUUUGAUUUCACCUGCCGAUUUAAAAGCUGCCACCGCAAAUAAAAACUCAGAAAGUAGUUUCCUCUAUGAACCGUUGCAACCAGAAUAUCCAUUUGAGCUGGAUACAGCUGCAUCGAACUCCAAGGAAACAGUGUUGCCUCUUGAUUUACCGGUUAGAAAACCAAAAUCCAUUCCACAACCCAACUACGAACCAAUUGACUAUGAUUCAGUCAAAGUAAUUCCUUUAAAUAUGGGUCUUGACCCAAUAGAACAAGAAAAAGCCGUAUUGCAAAGUGAUCCUGCAAAGAGGCAAACUAAUGAAACAGAAACAACUGACGCUAAAAAUAUAGAGUUAACUACAACCGUGACAUCAGAUAGCAAAAGUGAUGCGUCCGACUCAGCAUCUGUAGGAUCAGAUGCAGGCGCAUCUAUAUCAGACCUUGAAGAUUCAUUUGGAGGUCCGGCACCCGAAACACCUGGAGACUCAGAAAUACCACCACCAAAGAAAAACGGCUUCUAUUGGAUGGUAGAUUGGAAUAGCUUUUUAGAAGUAGGAGACGGUGAUACCAAAGUCAACAUUCGUUUUGAACCAAAAUUAGGCGAUCCACAAAUGUUUUUGCCUAUAACAGUGCCGUAAUUGUUGUUUUAGGUUUGAGUAGUAUUCUAGUCUUACGGGUAAGGGUGAGUAAGUAACGUUUAUUUGCGCAAAAAAGCGUCUCGUUUUAGUACUGUGUACUAUGCAAAACAGCAUAUUAGCUUCACAAAGAUUACUUUAUUUUUAUACUUAUAAAUUAUUCGUUAGCUUAAGCGAAGGCUAUAUCGCUUGCCCCGGGGAACAAAGUCGUAAAAGCAAAAUCUAUUUUUUUCAGGAAAAAUAAAAGAAGGUAAUGCUAUUAUCACUAGGAUACUAA